AUAACUUGUUUAUCAACCCUUUCUGCAAGACGGUGCUUUUACUAAUAUGUGUGGUUUUAUAAAGUCGUCAGGAUGUUUAUAUUUUGGACUAUUAUGGAUAAUGUUUCUUGGAAAUACGUUAUGUUUUGUUUUAACAGAUGGACUAGACACGCAUUCACGGUACUGCGCUGAUUCCCCGAAGGCAAACUGUUUGUUAUUAGACUGUCGCGCCUUCCCAGACGAGGCUUCCAAAUUUUGUCCGCGAACAUGUGGAAUCUGUCGUGGGUGCGAAGAUAAUAUUAACACCGACUGCACGAUUUUUUCGAACCAGCUGUUGUGUACAAACUCUCGUUUAUUGCAGUCCGCGGCCGAGUUCUGUCCUAAGCACUGCAACUUUUGUACUCCGUGUGUUGACGUUGAUAGUUAUUGUGCGGGACUAGACCAAAACUUAUACUGUGAUCUACCUCAGGUCGCAACGAAUUGUUCAAAGACUUGUCAUACAUGUAAAGCGUUUAAUGCCACGGAGUUUGUGAAUCAAUAUUAUGUCACAAAUGCAUCUACCACAAGUAUAUCCACAGCAACAACAACAACAACAGCUACGACAACGGCAUUAACAACAUCAUUUACAACGCGAACGACAUUACCUCCUAUUGAUACAAAAGGGUGCGACAAGUAUGGCGUAAUAGUAGGAGUUGCCAAGGGAGACAGCAUAUCUUACCCUGGGACCUCAACAUGUUCCGAUGGUACACACCAGCCCAGUGAAGCACUCAUUCAGAAAUACUGUGGCGCCCCUAAUGUAGUAAAUUGGAAAGUUGGCGCGAAGGUCAUAGAAAACUGCUCAGAGGUACCCCAUUACACAGCUAUUGCUGCUGUAACAUUUGGAGGCUCAACUCUGGCUGGUGUCUUCGUAAAAUGUGAAGUCGGUGGAUUUCAGGCGGCUAUACAGACAUGCGGAUCGCAGCUGAAACUUUACCAUGUGUCGGCAAGUUCUACGUCGGAUAUCCCAAGUGCUGAUAAUUUCGUUAUUCUGGAUUGGAAAAACUGAGCUCUGCUCAUUUAAAAACAGAAGUGUUUUCUUCUUUGUUAGUAAUGAACUUUGUUGUAAUUAAAUAUGAUAUAAAAGGAAAA